AUGGGAGACCAGCAGGUCUUUCGGGCAAGCACAACUGCUCCGGUGAACAUUGCAGUCAUCAAGUAUUGGGGUAAACGGGACCCAAAACUAAACCUCCCCACGAACUCCUCCCUGUCCGUAACCCUCGCGCAGUCGGACCUCCGCACGCACACCACCGCUUCGUGCUCGUCAAGCUUCUCCUCCCCCGACAGCCUCAUUCUCAACGGCUCGCCUCAGGAUGUAUCUGGUGCCCGGACUCAAGCCUGCUUCCGCGAGCUACGCCAGUUACGCAAGCAGAUGGAAGAGUCGGACUCCAAACUCCCGAAACUCUCCCAAAUGCCCCUGAGAGUAGUGAGCGAAAACAACUUUCCCACGGCCGCCGGUCUUGCAAGCAGUGCCGCAGGCUUCGCGGCUCUUGUUCGCGUGAUAGCAGAUCUCUAUCAGCUUUCUUCGACACCAACCGAGCUCUCGCGAAUCGCACGACAAGGUUCAGGCUCCGCUUGCCGCAGCUUGUUUGGCGGUUAUGUCGCAUGGGAAAAGGGCACCGAGGUUGAUGGCUCAGACAGUGUAGCAGUAGAGGUUGCGCCUGUCUCGCACUGGCCGGAAAUGCGAGCGCUGAUCCUGGUUGUGAGCGCGGAGAAGAAGGGCGUGAGCAGUACAAGCGGCAUGCAAGCCACUGUCGCUACUUCGACACUUUUCACAGAAAGAGCAGAAAGGACCGUGCCGAAGAGGAUGGAGGAGAUGAAGAAGGCAAUACUGGACCGGGAUUUUGACACCUUCGGCAAAGUCACGAUGAGGGACAGCAAUUCGUUCCACGCUACCUGCCUGGACACUGACCCGCCAAUCUUCUACAUGAACGACGUUUCACAGGCCGCUGUUCGCAUGGUGGAGGAGAUCAAUGAGGCUGCUGGGAGGGUCAUCGCGGCUUACACCUUUGACGCCGGCCCGAACGCGGUGAUCUACUACUUGGCGGAGAACGAGCAUGCGGUUGUGGGUUUGUUCAAAAACGUACUUGGAAGCAAAGAUGGCUGGGCAGGAUCAAGAGGAAGCGCGGUCAAAAGCAAUUCUGAGGCGAAAUUCAACGCCAAGACCGCUGCAACACUCAGCGAAGGCGUAAGCAGGGUCAUUCUUACGGCUGUAGGCGAGGGUCCGAUAAGUGUCGAUGAUCAUCUGAUAGACGCCGACGGGAAUAUCAUUGAGCGGUAG